AUGAAGACCAGUGGAGCCUUGCCUUCGCAGAAUCCUGCUCAGACACUAAGCAAGCUCUUCCAAAAGAGCAGAAGAAUGCGGGCCAGACUCCUGCCAGCCUGGAGAGAGGCACCAGUUCUCUUCAAGGAUGUGGCCAUGUACUUCACACAGAAGGAGUGGCAGCUUUUGAAGCCUGCUCAGAAGGUCCUUUACAAGGAUGUGAUGCUGGAGAACUACGAGAACUUGGCCUUCUUGGGUCAUCCAGUUUUCAAACCAAAGUUGAUCGCCAACUUGGAGCAAGGGAUUAAACCUUAUGUCAAGAAGAAAGCUGUCCCUAGGGGCCACCAGAGAGGUGAUAAGGGAAUCAGCGGGAGCAACAUUGCCUCUGACAAGAAAAAAAGCCAUAAGCUGAAGACAACAUUGCCAAAGUCAGGCAGUCCAAAGACAACACAGCAGGAGAAGGCCGAGACAGUGACCCAGAAGGAUGGCCCCCUGGAGACUAGGGCAGAAAGGGUCUUGGAAAGUGAAGAUACGUCAUCUUGGAGCAAGAAGAAAUCUGGCCCAAAUGUGGCUGCAGAAUCACACGCAAACAGCCUUCCUGGCAAGAACGGGCCUGAAUCGGCGGCCUUGAAGACACCUCCGGGUCAGACGUCAGCAAUCACAUCUCCCAAGGCCACCCCUCCAGGAAAGGAGACCCUGCAGAAAGACGCUCACGGUCAAACACAGGGUGCUCUGGGCUUCCCAAAGCGGCGGACGGCCAGAAAGGGGAAGAACCACUUUAAAUGUCGGGAGUGCGGGAAGACCUUCAACCAGACCCUCCACCUCGUGGAGCACGAGCGCAUUCACUCGGGAGAGAAACCCCACAAGUGUGACGCAUGUGGGAAGUCCUUCAGGCACAGCUCAUACUUCUUCACACACUACCGAAUCCACACAGGGGAGCGGCCCUACAAGUGCAAGGUGUGCGGCAAAGCCUUCAACAGCAGCUCCACCCUCAGCAGCCACCACAGAGUCCACACAGGGGAGACACCCUUCAAAUGUGAGGAGUGUGGGAAAACCUUCAAGCAGAGCACCAAGCUCACUCGCCACCGCAGGGUGCACACAGGCGAGAAGCCCUACAGGUGCAGUGAGUGUGGCAAGUGCUUCGGCCGCAGUUCAUCCCUGAGGGAGCACAAGAGGAUCCACACAGGAGAGAAACCAUACUGCUGUCGAGUGUGUGGGAAAAACUUCAGGGUUAACUCACACCUUUCAGAGCAUCAGCGGCUCCAUCAAGAAGCGAGGUCCUUCCAGUGUGACGAGUGUGGGAAGUACUUCCGAAAUGGCUCCCAUCUCUCAGAACACAAGCUGAUCCAUGUGCCGGGGGCUCGAGAGGAUUGCCCAGAGUGUGGAAAAGCCUUCCCCGGCAAGGCGGCCCUCCUCAGACAUCAGAAAAGCCACAGGGAGGAGUCUCUGUAUCACUGUGAGGGAUGCGGAAAGAACUUCCGGUGCAAGUCAAGCAUCCAAAGGCACGAGAGGCUGCAUGCUGGGCAGAAGCCUUUUGUGUGCACCCAGUGCGGGAAAGGAUUCACCGACAAGACCACCCUGAAUAAUCAUCACAAAGUCCACUCUGGAGAUAGGCCCGACCCCUGCAGCCAGUGUGGUAGAUCCUUCAAACACCUGGCCUCCCUAUUGCUCCACCAGAAAAUCCACGCUAGAAAGGCACAACAAACUCCUCAUGUGUGA